ACAUUGUGGAAAAAAUGGCCAAAAAUUGUGUAUAACAAAAAAAAGAAAGAAAGACAAGUUCUAUCGCCAGACUUGCGCGGAUCAACACAGCAGUCUCGAUCUUCAUCUUCUGAGAUUGCAUAUCGUCAGUUCAAGAUGAUCCAAAAGUUGGGAGCGAAAGGAAUCAAGUUAGAUGAACGUAAUCUGUGGGAUGAUGGAUCGGACCAUGAUGAUGUAACAAAAAUAUACGUACAAGGGGGUCGUCAAGGCAUAGGAUCCUUGUAUUUCAACUAUGUGAAGAGUGGAAAACCGAAAGAUGGAUCAAUCCAUGGUUUCUUUGACUACGGUUUCACACAAACGUUUGAGAUAAACCAUCUACGAGAUGAACACCUUGAAUCUGUUGACACUUACUACAACACAAAGUCCUAUGCGUUGCAAGCUAUUCAAUUCAAAACCAAUUUCAGGACCUCUGAACUGAUGGGGUACAGUUAUGAGUGUACUAUGUUUACGCUAGCAGUCAAAGGAAAGAAGAUCAUUGGGUUUCAUGGAUCUGAUAGGGUUCAGAUAUACACUCUUGGAGCUUACUUCACUUCGAUUACUCCUACGAGAUUGGAAGCAAGAGGUGGUAUUGGAGGGAAGAAGUGGGACGAUGGAUUCGACCAUGAAAAUAUAUCAAAGAUCGAGGUAUUAGGUGGUGUUGAAGGCAUAUUGUACAUCAAAUCUGACUAUGUCAAGAAUGGAAAACUGGAAAGUGGAUUAAUCCGUGGUGACUCUGGCGAUGGUUUCACACAAACGUUUGAGAUUAACCAGUCAAAAAAGGAAUAUCUUGUAUAUGUUGAAUGUUACUACAAUGAUGCGACUCAAGGCAUUCAAGGGCUUCAACUCAAAACUAACCUCAAUAGAUCUGUUAUGAUGGGGUAUAAAAAGGGCAGGAAAUUUUCACUUGCAUCCAAUGGAAAUAGGAUCGUUGGGUUUCAUGGAUAUGCCGACAAAACCCUAAAGUCUCUUGGAGCAUAUUUCAGUACGGCCACUCCUAAUAAACUGGAAUACCAAGGUGAUCCUAGAGGACUGCAUUGGGAUGAUGGUUGUAAUUAUGAUGGCGUAAAAAAGGUGUAUGUUGAUAGUAUACUUGAUACUGUAUAUACUGUCAGAUUUGAGUACGAUAAUGGCGGAAAAGUGGAAAAGACUCCCUACCGACGUGAUGUUAAAAAUGAAAAGGAGUUUGUGCUUGACUAUCCAAGUGAAUAUAUCACGUCUGUGGAGGGAACCUUAGCAGCUCCGAAAAGUGUCAACAUUACGUGGAUCACGUCAUUGACAUUCAAAACAUCAAAAAGGAGAACCUCUCCAACAUAUGGAAGUGUGUCUAGUGGUAGAAAAUUUGUCCUUGAGAAGAAUGGUAGCGCUCUUGUUGGGUUCUAUGGAUAUAAUGGUGUUGGUAAUACUCUUAAUGCUCUAGGAGCAUAUUAUCGCCCGUUUCCUCCUACUCCUGAUGCGACGAAACUAGAAGCACAAGGUGGUGACAGAGGAGCUUCUUGGGACGACGGUGGUACUUUCAACAGUGUUAACAAGAUUUACAUUGGACUAAGCGAAAACGUUAUUGGCUUUGUCAAGUUUAUGUAUUUCAAAAGCGCUAGUGUGGUCAUCGGAGAUGAUCAUGGCAACAAGACCAUGCUAUCUGAUAUUGAAGAGUUCAAGCUGGAUCCGUUUGAAAAAAUUACAUCACUGGAGGGUACUUUUGAUGAUAAAUUAGGAGGUAUAACCAUGCUUAGGUUCAAGACCGACAAAAGAGACUCUCCAUACUUCGGAUUCGGUACAACACCAACCUUCGUGUUUCACAAGGAUAAUCACCAGAUCGUUGGGUUCCAUGGAAAAUCCAGUAACAUGCUUCAUCAACUUGGGAUUCAUGUUCUACCCAACGGUUUUAAAUUUGUUUUUUAAUGUUUUCCUACUUUUUUAAAGUCUACUAUGUGUUGAGUUUCUCAUAUGGAGUGGCGUGUGUAAUAAAUAAUAAUAAAUCAUUUUUUAGUAACAUCCUAUCGUCAACUC